AUGUUAAGGUUGCAUUUUUUUAACCAAAGUGGAGUUGAGAUAGCAUGGCAGUCUCCAUUAGAAAAUGGUGAUCAGACACACGUGAUUUAUGACGUCAACUGCCUCAUACGAAAAAUAUGUAGUGCUGAUGACGUCGACAACUGUCUUUGUGAGAAUUGCGCAAGUGACGUAGAUAAAGUUUUGAAAAUGAACCACGUGAUAGUGAUGGGGCUAUCUUCAUUUGUCAAUCACACUUUUAAAAUCUUCGCCAAGAAUAGAGUAAGUGAAGUGGCCAAAAGAAUUUAUGGAAAUGAAGGAAAUUUCGCAACACUGAACAUAAUGAUUGAAGGAUUAGGUAAGUUAUAAAACUUUCACUUUAUACUUGGUAAAGGAUUUAGCUCAUACGGGACGGGAAUUACGAUGGGCGACUCUUUCACAAUGUAUUGCUCACAAGGCAUGUCCCUCUUAAAACUCUAUUCUCCAGACCAUUCAAAUAUCUCUGUUCCAUUCAGCGAAACAGGACAGAUUAGUUUUCUGAGAAGAAAAGUGUAGAUUACACCGGUAGAAAUAAAAUUGUGACCGUAGUGAUAUCCUCUCCAUUCGAAAGUAGCUGAUAAUGAAACUGUCGGAAGGAACGAUUAUAUAAUUGACAUUCAUGGAUAAAAACUUGGAUUAUAUUCUUAAACGCAGUCUAAACCUUGUUUGAAUGAUCGGCCUGUAAUUCAAUCUACUUGCUACAUGGAAACAGAAGAUUGCAUCGUCAUCACUAACGUAUAAUUUUGAAAGACAUUUUGGCAACUAUGCCUCAUCAGCAACUAACAACCUUCUUCCAUCUUUUUGUAGCCUCAUUUAAGACAGUUUCCGAAAAACUGGAAAAAGGUAGAUUGUUUACUUUAACAAGAAUAACUUUAAAACAAUCAAAUUUUCUUCAGUUAGCGCUCUCAGAACCUUGAAACUUCCCAGCGAUAUCAUCUAUAUUCUGUCAUAUAAAGACCGGUUGCUGAUCCCUAAAGUUUAUCCGAUGAGUAGUUUACAAUUAUUUGUCUUUGACUUUUAAGACACAUUUCUCUCCUUUUACUCAAAGUCCAACAAGAGAAAUCCCUCACCUGAACUGAAAUAGUUCCUUUAAAUGCUAAAUUAUAAAUUAAUUGUAACUGUAACUAAUCAAAAUGUGCAUCUUAUUUCACUUAGUAGACACCAUGAAUGUAAUUUAUCUGAACGUCAUCUAUGGAUUUGUGGGGCUGAUAGUUCUGAUCAUUUUAUUAUUCUGCUACACCACUUUUGAAAGGUAAGGGUAGAAGUGAUACAAACGCUGACAAGCUUUGAAAAGCUGAAAACGUGGGUGAAAAGGCUUUUCAACCCUGCGGCGAGAAAUCAGGCAGAUCAUGUGAGAACUUCGACAAACGCAGAAGAGCAAUGAACAUUGCCUUUAAUAAAGUGGCGUGUUCGUGCUGAAAAAUACAAAUUUUCAAGGAUUUUUAGUGAAAAAGAGGAAGAAAAUGCGUUUUUUGUAUCUUGAUAAUCCUUGUCUCUUCCCAGGUGGCGCCUCCGAAGACAAGAAAAUGAUGUACAAAUGACAGCCUAUUUAGGGCAGAGAGCACGACGGUAAAUGUUACACGUACCAAGUGACACGCAUCUUAUCUUACCUAGAAAUAUUUUCAUCACGAUUAUCAUCAGGAUGAAAAACACCAGUGAUGAAUAUGAUACAAUGAUGAAAAUGAUAACCAUCAAAACAAUAGUUAUGAUAUCAAUGAUGGUACUGAUGAUAAAGCUAAUUAUAAUGAUGAUGUUGAUGAUAACUUAAAAGCCGAUCGCAGUUACAGUUACAUCCGUAAAAUACAUUUUUCUUAAAAAUGGGUCUACUUCGCAUGAACGAUUUCGUGGAAGGUGAGUCUUUCAGAGGGUAGGCUUAUAGCUUCACCUUCUAUGGGGUGCCCUAUUAUUGGUUCGGGGUGAAGGGGGCAUUUGGCUCGAUUAAAUGGGCGAUCCAAACUUCAUAAACAUUUAAUGGUUUCACUUUGAAGAAAGUGAAUUUAUGUAGUUUUGUCCUUAACUUUUUCCAAGCGGUACAAAUGCUUCCUCUGGUUGUGGCUGAAGAUCGAACCACAAAUGAAAUUUUGGAUGGUUUUGAGCUCGACCGCCCACAACUGAAGCUCGUAAAAUUGCUUGGAACCGGAAACUUUGGCCAGGUAUCCAAGGCUAUUUACGGGCCUUCCCAGAUGCGAGUGGCCGUAAAAUCUCUGAAAGGUAGCGUUUCAUAAUCCUUUCCAUAUUUUUGUCAUUGUAAUCGCAGUAUGGGUGAAAGUAAUACAGGGUAAAAGACAUAUAGAGAUCGCAGUUGUAAGAUGAUAAUAGGCUUCUUUAAUGGUGUCAAAAGUGGAAUAACACCCAUUUCCAGCUGAAAAACUUGACAGCGAGAAGACUGAAUCGGAAAUCUGCGGAUUGGUUACUCUCGAAAGUUUUCUUCUACGGUUGUCUCCUACGAGUGGCCUUCCCUGAUAUCAGUCAUUCAAGGAACACUUGCAAUUCUGGAUACAUUUUACGCAACACAUUGAACUCGUUACUUACUCUUAAAAGAAGAUUCUUACCUUUCUUCCCGUUCAGAGCGUUUACAAAAAAACUUCAAUCUGGUAUGUUGGUAUUGUAGUGGAUUAGCAAAACGGCUGUCGAGUUGAUUGUACAGCAAUCAAUAAAGAUUCAAUUGAUUUACAAUGUUACAAAUUGUCAUUUGUAUCCAUCAAAUUCUUUUAGCAUUACCUGCCUUAAGAGUCAGCAAUUUAUAAUGAAACGAACACGACUUGUUUAUAUCUUGCUUCACGCGCGCAAACACACCUGAUAUAUAAGCAAUUGUUUAGCAUGUUUUCGUUUUUAAUGUGUCAUAGACAAUGCCGAAAAAGAGGACCUAGAAAACAUCAUUUUGGAGUUGGAAGUCAUGAAAUCUCUGAGGAAUCAUCCUCACGUCGUUGGUCACAUUGGUCAUUGUAUAGAGAAAGGUGCUUUGUUCAUGUUUUCUUGUAAUAUUUCGUUUUGUUGUUCGUUUCUUUUUUUGGUUUGUUGAUCUCUCUCAAAGUUAUUUUAGUCAUAGAAUUUCUUUCUGUCCCCCUCUCUUCUCCCUUUCCAUCUUCGGUCUUCUCCGUUUUUUUUAACUUUGGCUUCUCUUUCUUGUACUUGUUUUUGUCGACUCUAUACUUUGCAUUCCGAUGCAAUUUGUCUAGUCGGUAAUCUUUCAAAGGUCGAUGCCUCGUAAUCUCCUUCUUUCGCCAUCAUGAUUGAUUUAUCAUCGUGCAAUUUGAAAGAAGAUUAGGACAAUCAAACUUUGGAAGAAUUUUAAUGUAGUCAGCAUUUCAUAUUUGGUAUUGUUACAGGUUUAUAGUCCUAAAACCAGUUUGCCCUCAUAGCUUGGGAAUCCCCUAAUAACUACCAAACUACCACCACCACCAUCAUCGUCGUCGCCGCCGCCACUAACACUACCACUUCCAUUUUUCUUAUCCCUCUCAACUUAAAGCAAUCAAUUUACUUUCAUAAAUGCAGAUCCCGUGUUUAUCGUUUUGGAGUAUUUACCAUACGGGGAUUUGUUGGGAUACCUGCGUAAGAGCAGAGGAAUUGAAGACAAUUAUGACACAGGAGAAAAGGAUCGAAGUUCAGCUCUUACAGAAAAGGACCUCCUGUCUUUCGCGUGGAUGAUUGCUGAUGGUAUGGAUUAUUUGGCAUCAAUGAAGGUGAGAAAUCUGGUGUCAAAGUCAAUAACGUACUUAUUUAGCCGUUGUAGACCACAGAGCAGUCUCAUGUUCCAUUAGUGUGAGCUUAAAUGUUUGGUUGCAUAUUCUCCACACUGUUCUCUUUACGUGUACAUUUCCUAUGAUAUUAGAAAGAGGAACAUGUUUCGUGAUCAAGAAAUUAUUUAUAAGCUGGCGAUAGUUUCCUUUCUUCUCAUGACCUUAGUAUUUGAUUCAGUAGUGAUAGUCACUAGUAGUGGUUAAAGGGGUAACAUCCCCAGAAAAUGACAUUAUUUACUAGUUUUUCAAACUUAAUAUGGAUGGAAACAGGGAAUGGAAAUCUAGUUACAUCUUUUUGUAUUCCAAAUGUAGUUUUCAAUCGAUAUACUGGGAUUCUUUUCUUUUUUUUCUUUGGAAAUUUUUCUUGCGUUCUUCUUAGUAGAGAUCUCGGGAAUGGAACGCCACAUGGAAUAGCUCAGACAAUAGCACAUUCUUAAAACGAAAUGCGAAUCUUUCUACAGCUAGGCUCAUUCAAUAUGAUGACUUUUUCAUUCGCCAUGUACGAUAUAUCUUCCCCUUUUCGCUUUUCCCGCCUCAUUAUGUCGGCAGUACAAAGUGUAUAGCUCAACUAACAGAAAACAGCUGCAUUUUCUAUAGCCGCUAAAAACCCUAUCUUUUUGUUGGAGGUUUAAAAACAGAAGGCAACUUUGUUUUCGCUUUUUGAAGGUCGUUGAUCGGGAUUUAGCAGCUCGAAAUGUGUUAGUUGGAGAAAACAGAGUGUGCAAAAUUUCAGAUUUCGGACUGGCACGUAGUUUGCAGGAAGAUAUCUACACGAGAAGGACUCAGGUUACUAAAAUUACAAGUACUAAGAUGCACGAUGAAGGAUACUGUGAUUCUUCGUGAAAUGUUACCUUUGAAAGUGACGUCUGUAAAUACAAAAAGUAUUGACGAACGAAAGCACCAACGUCCAACUGAAUGGCUCUAACAAUUGGCUGAUGAGUUAAUUUCAAUUUUCAGGCCUGA